UUCGCUUGGGCCCGGGCGGGAUUCCUUUUGGAAAAUGCCAAACCGAAGGUUUGCUGAUGGUGAGGUGGUGAUGGGCCGUUGGCCAGGAAGUGUCCUGUACUAUGAAGUACAAGUGACUAGUUAUGAUGAUGUUUCUCAUCUUUAUACUGUGAAGUACAAAGAUGGGACUGAACUUGCGUUGAAAGAAAGUGAUAUAAGGUCACAAUCAUCAUUCAAGCACAGGAAGAGCCAGUCCUCUUCAAGUUCUCCCUCCAGAAGGAGUACUAGCAGAUCUCGAUCUAGAUCACCUGGUCGGCCAGCAAAAGGCAGGCGUCGUUCUUCUUCCCAAAGCAGAGAACAUAAAGAUGACAAAAAGAAAACCAUUCAGGAAACCAACUUAGCUCUACUGAAACCGAGUGAAAAUAACACCAGAAGGUACAAUGGUGAACCUGAUAGUACAGAAAGAAAUGACACAUCCUGCAUAAUCUUGGAGCAAAAGUUGAAACCAGACCUGGAGAUAGAGCGUGUGCUUGAACAAUACAGCUUGCGUUCAAGAGAAGAAGAAAAGAAAAAAGAAGAGAUAUAUUCGGAGAAAAAGAUUUUUGAGACAAUAAAAACAAUUGAGAAAGCAUCAUCAAAAACAAAGGAGCUAGAGUUCGGUGGAAGAAUUGGGACCUUCAUGCUGAUAUUUUUCCUGCCUGCUACUGUAUUCUACUUGCUGUUGAUGUGCAAACAAGAUGACCCCAGUCUUACGAACUUCCCUCCUCCUCUCCCAGCACUUGAAAGUCUUUGGGAGGCUAGGGUGUUUGGUGUUUUUCUUCUGUGGUUUUUCCUUCAAGCUCUGUUUUCGUUACUGCCAAUUGGAAAGGUUGUAGAAGGCCUGCCUCUUUCAAAUGGAAGGAAACUGCAGUACCGGAUAAAUGGUUUUUAUGCUUUUAUUUUGACUGCUGCAGCUAUUGGAACUUUAUUAUAUUUUCAAUUUGAACUUCAUUAUUUGUAUGAUCACUUCAUGCAGUUUGCAGUGUCAGCUGCAGCUUUUUCUAUGGUGUUGAGCGUUUAUCUGUAUAUUCGGUCCCUGAAAGCACCCGAGGAAGAACUAGCACCAGGUGGAAAUUCUGGGUAUCUUGUGUAUGAUUUUUUUACUGGACAUGAAUUAAACCCUCGUAUUGGCAGUUUUGACCUCAAAUACUUUUGUGAGUUGCGUCCAGGAUUAAUUGGCUGGGUUGUUAUAAACUUGGCAAUGCUCUUGGCUGAGAUGAAGAUACACAAUCAAAGUAUGCCAUCUCUGUCAAUGAUACUUGUGAACAGCUUUCAGCUUCUGUAUGUGGUGGAUGCUCUUUGGAAUGAGGAAGCUAUUUUGACUACAAUGGAUAUUACCCAUGAUGGAUUUGGAUUCAUGCUAGCAUUUGGAGAUUUGGUGUGGGUUCCGUUUGUCUACAGUCUGCAGGCCUUCUAUUUAGUUGGUCAUCCUACUGUGAUUUCUUGGCCUGUUGCUGCUGCAAUUACUAUUCUGAACUGUAUUGGAUAUUACAUAUUCCGAAGUGCAAAUUCUCAGAAAAAUAAUUUCCGAAGGAAUCCAGCAGAUCCCAAAUUGGCCUAUCUGAAAUUUAUACCCACUGCAACUGGAAAAGGGCUUCUUGUCACGGGUUGGUGGGGUUUUGUUCGUCACCCUAAUUAUCUCGGUGACAUUAUCAUGGCUCUAGCAUGGUCCCUACCCUGUGGUUUUAAUCACAUUUUACCAUAUUUCUACGUGAUAUAUUUCAUCUGCUUGCUUAUUCAUCGAGAAGCUCGGGAUGAACAUCAUUGUAAGCAAAAAUAUGGCUUGGCAUGGGAAAGGUAUUGUCAGCGUGUACCGUACCGCAUAUUUCCUUACAUCUACUAGAGUGCUCCAGAUGCCUGAUUUGCAAAUUACUUCUAAAGUUAGUUUCUUUGCAAAUAAAAAUAUACCUCUUACCUUUGCACUUUGUCUAUUUGUUAUUUAGGCUUUUUAAAAAAAAAAGUGACCAAACAGUGGAGUGCAUCAACAGGUAUUUACAAGUAAUCUUAAAUGUGUGAGUUACAUGAACUGACUGUGACUUCAAUUUUUUAAAAAAUUGUGAAUUUAAAAAAGUCUUGGAGCCCUAAUUUUUCAAGUUAAAUUUUACCUAGAAUCCUGAGUUUACAUUUUUUUAAUUGCUUUUAAUUAAGCACUGUGAUGUAAAGUAUAUUUUCUUAAUACAAUAAAUACAGAAAUUCCAUCUAGUUCUUUUUUGGUGUUACUUGUACCAUCUAACUUCAGAUGUCUGACUUAGUUGCCUGCAUUGGAAGAGCAACAGGGUCUUUUUGGUCAGUGGAGCUGGAAGCAGAGGAUUUGAUCCACAUGAGGGGCCUGUGCUGCUGGCAGUGCUGCCCUGCAGCCCUGGGCCCAGAGCUGCCGUGGCUCAGCUGGGCGUUGUCCCCCUCCUGGCUUUUCAUUAAUGGGAUUUUUUUUUUUUGGUCAGGGAGGCUCAGGUGGCCCCUCCUGCCCUGCGCCUGCAGGAUGGAUGAAGGGAUGGGAUCGGGAGGAGAAGUGAAGGGGCACAGCUCUCCCCUCCCAUCCCAUUCCAUCCUCCCAUUCUUGAGGCAGUUUCAGCAUGAACCAAGGGGGACUCUGAGCUGCUGUCUGGCAGUGCCUCUGACCCUUGAGAGAAGCCAUGCUUCUGGCUCAGACUCCUGAAGGUAGAUGAUACAAACACUUGUUUCAGCUGUGGGCAGAGCUGUGGAAGUGAGCAGUGAACCCUAAUCCUGCAUCUGGCAUUGAACACAGGGUAGCAAAAGGUGCAGUGUAUGCGUAUUUGACAGAAAAGAAUAAAAUGACCAGAGUUGGCUUAUUCUGAUCUUUGUAAAUUAUAUCUUAAUGUACCAUAGCAUUUACCAAGUGUGUAUAAUAAAGCCUCCGUGUUUUUGCUGUACAGUGUUUGGAUUUGAAAAUGCAAUAGCUUUUUUAGAAACAGGAGACAUCAGUAACUAAAUCCAUUUCCAGUAAUUUUUUAAAAAAUGUUCAUUGAAUAAAGGUUUUUGUAAAUUAAUGUAUUAAUUCUUGAAACAAUUGAAGUGUUCAUUUAAAUAUUUGUAUUGACAGAUAUGCUAUGAAAAUAUAGGAAAUGCUCCUCAAUCCAAAGUUGGGUUUUUUGUUUGUUUUUUUUUAAUUUGGCAUUGCUACCUCAUAUAUAGGUUUUGCCUUUUGUACUGUUGCAGACAGAGAAAAUAGCUAUUUUUUUGCUAUUGCUAUUUAAAACAAUGUUUUUUACAUGAGCCUGUGGUUAAACUCGACCACUUUCUAAUAUAUUUUUGUAUAUAUUUGACUUUUUAACUAAUGUAUGUGUUCUAGUCACUAGUUGUGUUCUUCGUCUAACUGGCUGUAAAUCAGAUGCCCUUGCAGUAUUUACUUCAUAAGUAGAAUAAUUUUAUAUUUUACUGAAACAAUCUUGCAUUAAUUAACUAGCUUUUAUUCUGUUAUCACAACUGAGAGCUUUUCACAUACUUCAUAUGUGAGGUUUAUAGCACAAACUGUCCAAAAAAAGCUUAUUAGAAUCCUAAAUAUAGUGCAGGUACCUCUAUACUUGCUUGCGGGAAGGUUCCUCAUAAAUCGGAAUGUUGCUAUUAUUCAUCAGUUAUUUUCAGUUCUUUUAAAAUGUUGAUGUAAUUGAAAUCUAGCAUGUGACUUUUUUU